AAUCUACCGGGAAUUUUUAAAUUUUACCUCUUCAAUGCGUUUGGUAGAUUCACUUUUCUACUAGAGUAGUUACUAUAGUGGAAGAUCAAAGAAUUAUUACAAUUACUUAUAGUGUACUCAAUUAAAAAAUAAAUGAAAUAUCAAUACAUUAGUCGCAUUUGUAUCUGAAAUAUAAAAUGUUCUCAUUAUAAUAUUUAAUUUCAGUUAUCCUUCUGUCGUCUCAGUGAAAAUGGGAAAAUGGAAUUAAAAGUGAACCAUAGUUACUAUUAUCAAGUUCAAGGACACAUGCAAAUUUCAAAACGAAAUUUCUGUUAUUUUGUCGUUUAUUUGGCGAAUUGGAUGGAAAUACAAAUAAUUAGAUUCAAUGAUUCUUUUUGGCACGAAAAAAUGAUUGAAAAGUUAAAAGUUUUUUACACAGAAUGCUUACUUCCAGAAAUAGUAAAUCCCCAGUAUGGAAAGAGGCUGUUGAGUGUUGGUAGAUGCCAUUUUAGAUCUUCAACAUAUUUUGGAAAAUAUAAAAUCAAAAACCUGCACAAAGACUGUUUGAAAAAAAAAUUCGAAAAUCUGGCAUGCAGUCAUCUAGAAGAACUUCUCACGUUUAUUUUGGUGAAAAAACCAUGUUUCUACGAGUAA